UACAUAUUUACCCAUCAGUGAGUGUUUUCAGCCACUGACGGCCAUUUCUCGGGACUAACACGGCUUAGAUAUACUCCCCUUCUUCCCUGCGUCCACCUCUUCCGUCCAUCGUCGAGAUACCGCAACACCUCUAGCCCACGAUGCCGGACCCACGCAUAGAAUCAUGGAUGGACUUCUCGGACAGUGGUGCAACAACACCGAUCAGUCCGACUAGCGGAACAUCAACACCACGGUUUCCACCUCGGGCCUACAAGCCUCCCAAGGGCUUGGGCCGCGAUGACCUCGAGCGAGCCAGCGAGAAGUUGAGGAGCCACAAUGAUACCCCAUUAUCGAACCUGAGCACGACAAAUCUCAACGAUCAGGCCACGGAGAUGAGUCAGAUCCCCGAGAUGGCGAUGGCCAGGGCUGCUGGGCUGUCGUGUACUCUCAUGGCGGCGGCGUUUUUGAAUACACUGUCGGUACAAGCGAUGGUGAUUGCGAUGCCAUCGAUCGGAGAAGCGUUCGACAUGCCCAAGAGUCGGCAGCAAUGGAUCAUCACGUCGUACGCGUUGACCUUCGGCUGUUUCCUGCUGCUAUGGGGGAAGAUCGGAGACAUCUACGGAAAGCGCCUGGUCUUCCUUAUCGGCGGUGUCUGGGUGGCCGUGACCACGCUGGCCACCGCUUUCGCCCCGUCGGAAAUUGUGUUUGAUAUUCUGCGAGCGUUGUCGGGAUUGGGCGCCGCGGCGAAUGUUCCUGCAGCCAUGGGCAUCCUGGGGACUAGUAUUCCACCCGGAAAGGUGAAGAGUUACGCUUUCGCCAUAUAUUCGGCCGGCGCGCCGUUGGGUGCUGUGUGUGGGACGUUGGUGGGUGGUAUAUUGACGGAGUAUGCCUCGUGGCAAUGGAUCUUCUACCUUGUCGCCAUCGUGUCCGCGGUGGUGACCGCUGCCGCCUACUUCGUCAUCCCGGUUCCGAAGAAGAGCCACUCGGUCACUCCGGUGGAGCGACCCAUGCUCGACUACUUCGGCGCGUUCCUGAUCACGCUCAGUCUCGUCCUCCUGAUCUUCACGCUCUCACAGGGCAACACCGGCGACGACGGGUGGACCAAGCCGUACAUCCCCAGCUUGCUGCUGGUAUUCGUGAUCCUGUUCAUGACGUUUGUGGCAUGGGAAUGGUGGCUGGAAAACAAAACCAAGCUCGAGCCGUUGAUGCGGAUGAGUAUUUGGAGCAACAGGGGGUUCACCGUCAGCAUGGUGGUUACCGGCUUCUUCUGGGCGGCCUUCAACAACUACAUGGUCUACGCUACCUUCUUCUACCAAGACUUCCUCGGCCUCUCGCCCAUCGCAACGACGCUCCGCUUCCUGCCCACGGGCGUCGCAGGCGCCCUGAUCACCAUCGUGUCGGGCUACCUGCUCAGCCGGGUAUCGGGCCAACACAUUCUAAUCGUCGGGGUGAUCUGCACGGCGAUAUCGUGCAUGCUGAUGGCGGCGCCGAUCCCGCCCGAGACGACCUACUGGGCAUGGGGGUUCCCAGCAAUGAUCCUCGCGGUCGUGGGCGCAGACACGGUAUACCCAUGCCUAUCGUUGUACACCACAGGCAGCAUGCCGAUGAAGGACCAAGCGCUCGCGGGCGGGAUCUUCAACACGGUGGGACAGAUCGGACGGGCGGUGGGUCUCGCCCUCGCUACCGCCGUCGACGUCGGCAUAAAGAAGAACGGCGGGAAUCGCCUGGGAGACCUCGUCCCCGGCAUGCAGCGCUUUGAUGAUCAUCACGACGAUAAGUGGGCCAUCCUUGCGGCACUCAGGACGGCCCAGUGGUUGAAUACGGGUAUGGCGCUGAUCGCGCUGGUGGCGGUCAUCGCUGGGCUGCGGAAUAUUGGGAAGGUCGGCGCGGCGAAGCCGAAUGGGGAUAAGGAGGAGCGAUGAAGAGGGAGAUGAAAGGGGGGGAGGUUUCUUUUGGGAUGGUGUUUUUACUGUGGGCUUGCAUUGGGGGAAUUUGUAUUUUUGGGUUCUGGCGCCGGUUUUUUUAUCUGAUUUUGGGUUUGCAUUGGGAGAGGUAGAAUUUGGGUUGAAGUUUAAAACGUCACGAUGGAUGUAUGUAUGAUGGAACGGCUGUAUUUAAGACUUCGUCUCCGGCGCUAAUUUCCGU